CAGUUGGACUGAACAACCGCGCAACAUUCACAGUAACUUAAUCACUGCGAUGUCGACAUUCUCAAAGUACAUGCUGUCAAGCAGCAGUAGCAGUAGCGACGUGGCUGGCAAGUCGAGUGAUGUCCUGAGUUCGGCGGGCGAGAGUAGUGGAAGCACGGAGUGGGUUGUGGAGAAAGUUGUGGACAAACGGGUUCUCCCCUCGGGCGAAGUACAUUACAGGUUAAAGUGGAGGGGCUACCAUGAGCACGAAAACACCUGGGAGCCAGCCCGGAACUUGAACUGUCCCGACUUGGUUGCCCAGUUUGAGAAAGAUAACCCGAACGGAAACUUCUACUAUAGUCCGAAGAAAGCUGAUAAUGGGAAGUGUGUCAGUCCCCCGAUGCAGGAGGGAUCCAAACUGGUAUCAAAGAGUCUGUUUGCAUCAUCACUGCCCUCGAAAUCGCUGACGAGUGAAAAGGCUAUUCGGAAAGCCCGGUCUUCUAUGGACGCCCAUUCAUCAUUGUCUCCGCAGAAAAAGGCUUCUGUUUCUACGCCAAAAGCUCAGCAUGACUUCUCGCCAAUCAAGAAGCCUACGAGACCUGAAGAAAAAACUCAGUCGCCCAAAAAAGACCCUUUAGACUUGAACAAAAGUAGCACACACACUCUAGUUAAGCGUGAAAAUAGCGAAUCUAGUAGCGUGAGUGCAAGUUCAGAGGACAAAAAUCAACAAAACAUCAAAAACAUGUCUUCAAAGAACGGCAGAAGUUACCAAAACGCCUUUCUAGACUUAACGGAAGAACCCUCAGAUGUCGGUGCUAGUAGUGAGGUUAAUAAAACAGCAAGUUUGACAGGGUUCGGAAGGGGUUUAAAACCCGAGAGAAUUUUGGGUAUUGGGGGUCGAUGAAAAAACAGGAGAGAAGAAACUUCUGAUUAAGUGGAGGGGCAGUGGCUGGGCCGAUUUUGUGUCCACACGGGAGGCGUAUCAAGAAUGUCCUCAAUUUGUACUGCAGUACUACGAAGAGAUGAUCGUGUUUGGAAAGGAGGUGAGGCUAAGUUCUGACCGCAAGUGAAAACUGGCUGCUGAAAAAUUGAAAAACUCUAAUCCUGACGAGGAUAAAAAAUCUCUAGCAAACUUUAGAGGACUGAAAAUGAUUCAGUAAAUUUUGUAGACAAGUGUUGUUCGAUGUCAAAUUUGUUCGAUGUCCUGG